CGGCAAAAACCAUUUGUUGACGGCGUCAGAACUCAGAAACGAAACCAACCCGGAGUCCCGGACAGAACGAGAGAAGAAAUCGAAACAACGAGCGGAGAAAAAAAAUCCCGAGGUGACGGAACACGGCCGCGACUUCGUCGGCGGGCUCGCUGGCAUAUCACGGCGAGGAGGAGGUUAUCGGAGCGGGAGGAGCAAAGCCUCUGCAAGUCGCCGGAACCCUAAAUCCGGCGGAGGGGGCGGAGAGGAGGGGAACAGCAGGCCCCUAGAUGCGGCCUUCCCGGAUUUGAAUGGAGGGCGGACCUCCGGGGCAAGGGAGUCUUCUAGAAGCGGGCUGAACUGAGACCUAGGGUUGCGUUUGGUGGGGUUGAUGGCCGGCAUGGGUCGGAGCUCGGGGGCAGAGGGAGGGGGAAGGGAAGGAGGGGAGGCGGACGGCGGUGGUAUCUCGGAUUGCUCGCCAGGGACCAUCGUGUGGGUGCGGCGACGGAACGGGUCGUGGUGGCCCGGGAGGAUACUCGGGCCAGACGAGCUUCGGGCGUCGCAGGUAGUGUCGCCAAAGACAGGAACUCCGGUCAAGCUCCUCGGCCGCGAUGAUGCAAGCGUAUUCUCAUAGGAAGUGAAGCCACAGCAGAGCGCAUGCACUGGGCCAUGUAGAAAAGCCGUGGCGCUAUUUUUCUCUCCCUAGCACACACUGAGGCCAGUAGUUACAUGCCCGUGCAUAGCGUUUAUGGGCGGACCGGACCUGAUGCCAUUGCAAGAUGACAGCGUCGCGGGAGUUAAUUCUCAAUCGUCCAGUUUGCACGCAUAAAAACCAUUCCUUGGUAUUGUGACUGGUAUAACCUGGAGAAAUCAAAACGUGUCAAGGAAUUCAGGUGUGGGGAUUUUGAUGCUUGUAUUGAGAAGGCGAUGGCAAUGUCUUGUCAAGGAACUCCUGUGAAGAGAAGAGAAAAAUAUGCUCGUAGAGAAGAUGCUAUUCUCCAUGCACUUAAAUUGGAGAGUAAGCAGCUUGCAUCAAAAUACCAGAAUCCAGGUUUAAGGUCUGAUGACAUCUCCAGUAUCCCAUUUGCUGAUAUGGGUAGAGAGUUUGAUAACUUUGCUUCAGAACAUUUCUCAAGAAACAAUGUGCAGCAACCUCAGUUGAAUCUGCAAAGCUCAGCAACUCAGCAAUGCAAAUAUCUCAGCACUACUCGUUAUAAAAGCAAAAAAAAGCAGAAAGGGGAUAACUCUGUUAUCCUUGGUAAAACAAAAGAGUAUGAACAGAGUAUUCAUGUUAGUUCAAAAAGGAAGUUUUCAGGAUCUCUUGCCGGGGAGGCUUCAGAGAACACUCUCAGCAAUCAUGAGAAUGGUUUUUCUGGUUUGAGGCAUAUGCAAGGAGAAUCAAUUAUAGAGAACGGUGGGGAAAAUGUAGCCCUGAAGAAGGAAAGAUCGGGUAAAGGCCUUUUUGAAGGAUCUAUUGUUAAAAAAUAUGAUAGAUGUAGGCCACUUGCUCAAGCUGUACAAAACGGAGUGAAAUCUUUCCAGCACAAUGAUAAUUCUGAGGCCGUAUUAGUUGAAAAAGGGAAGGAUUCUCUGCCUGCUAUCUGUUCUACCAAAAGAAGUGGGGACAAAUACCUGUCUGCUGAUUGUGAUGAUGGACAUACCCAUCCUGACAUACCUGAUAUGCAUGAUUCUUUUUCCGGAGAGCAACCAGUUCCGGACUUAGUUGAGAAGCAUGGGUCUGAUUUUUCAGUGAGUGAAUGCUCGGAAACAGAGACGGAAGACGACGCCGAACUUUUGCAAAGAUAUACUAAGAGACAGUCCCCAGAGUUAGAUGCAUGUGAUCCUAAUUCCCUUCAGGCUCCCAGUAAGUUAAGGCAUGUAAAUGAUAACAACGAUGACGAUGAGCUGACCUUUUCAACUUAUAUGCCUCGACAAAAUGGCUUGGAGGAUGAGGACGGUUCUUCUGAGCUAGGUGUCUCCAAGUGGCAUAUGAAAGGUAAACGCAACCAACGCAGUGCAGCAAGGAGACCUGUCGGUAAGGCGGAUGAAAUCCUGUCAUUAGACAAAUCCAGUAGUUUAAUGGAAGGGUCAUGGAACAUGGCCUAUGAAGGUGACUCUAAAACUGGGAGUAUUGGUGCAUCCAGCCGUCAAUCAUUUGGUCAAAGUUUUUCGGAGGACCAAGAAUUGGAUUGUGAUUCUGAUGGAACAAAUUUAAUUGAUAAGGCCACAAACUAUUCAGAACUUAACAGAUAUCAUGGUAAAGAUUAUCCAGAUAAGCCAUCUCUGCUAAAUCAAAAUAGCGAUCAGGUACCCUCUCUUGGUCAGAAGGCAUACCAGGAAGGAUCUUCAUCGUAUCAACGAAAUUGUGGCCCACGUCUUGGUUACAUGGGCACGACGUUGUUUGAUGUUGAACUGAAGGUACAGGCUAUCUAUCAAGGCGAGCGUGUCCCAUUGGUUUCUUUAAUGAACAUGAACCGCAAAGCUAUUGUUGGACACCCUAUCCAAAUUGAAUUACUUGAAGAUGGUUCAACAGACCACUUUGUUUUGGGCAGUGAUAUUGUUCUGGGACACAGCACAGGAGCAGCACCUGCUUGGCGAAAGGGCAGAAGGACAGCUAUGCCAAGAGUUCCACGUUCUAAUUCAUCUCAAGCAACCUUAGAUAGUGAUGCUGCUCCUUCCAAUCAGCAGCUUGGGCUUGCAAAGAACAUAUCUAGUUCUGGGAGGCCAUUUUCACAGAAAUCUCGAAAAAAGCCCUCCAAUUUCAAGGAAGGAAGCUCACCAAGCCAGAAAAUCAGAAUCCUUUCUUCCAUUCACAUUGCAAAAAAGCGGCUCAGAGAAUGUGGCCUAGCAAAGGCGCAUAGGAGCAGUAAUAUUUUGGGUGGUUUGAUCGAACCAGAGGGAGCAAUUCCACUGGUCACAUGCGUCCCUGCAAAGGUUGUGUUCAGUAGGAUAAUGGAAGCAGUUGGCAGGCCAUCUCAUGCUCUUGCUCACCGUGUUUAGAAAAGCUAGCAUACUGGGUCCAGCAUGAACCCUGGCCAUGCUAGGACAAAUGGUUGGCAUGGUUGACUUGGCCGAGGAUUGCAACUUUUGUAUGUACAUUAUGUUGCACUGAAGUUGCAAACUGUUCAUAUGCGAAUCACCUCCAUGAAGGAGCUUUCUACAAAGGGGCGACCAGAAUGGUGACUGACAUUUGGAUUGGCCAACUUCAGCGUUUUUCCUGUAUCUACUUGGUUAAUUUCCGUUGUGACAUACAUAGUCAGAAAUUCAUAGGUUUUCUGGUUGUCGUCUAUAGUGCCUCACAUAUAUUCAGAUCUGCAACUCAUUUUUACUGUUUAGAGAUCCUGCUUCACCUGUAUGUGACUUGUGAGACAUAUGUAAGUAGUCGAAGCAAUAUACCAGAACGACUGUCUCAAAUGUUAUGAACAAUUUAGCAUCUCUGAUAACCGUAUUAUCUCUAUCAGUCGAUGAAUAUUUGUUACAA